GCUUGUGAAUGGAGAGCCAGAGCGCGUGAAGGCUGCAGCCAGGCGAGCAGAGCGCGAGACACAGUGCAUCAUUAACGCUCCAGCGCACAGGGAAUAACAUUUUAUUUCGUGGGCUGAGGGUGGGACCGUGAAAGCGAUCAGGAAAUGAUUUUGUUGCUUUUGCACAGCUAGCACUCGGAGAGUUCAUUUUGCAAGGGGAAAGGAAGCAAGGCGCGGGUCGCCUUAGUGCACUUCAAGUCCAGACAACAAUAAAAACGCACAAACCCAAAGAGACGGAUACUGCGGUGCAGAAUGGACUACGAAAGGCCCAAUGUAGAAACUAUAAAGUGUGUUGUUGUGGGAGACAACGCUGUAGGGAAGACUCGCCUUAUCUGUGCCCGAGCCUGUAACACCACGCUGACGCAGUACCAGCUGCUGGCCACUCAUGUCCCUACAGUCUGGGCUAUUGAUCAAUACCGAGUCUGCCAGGAGGUAUUAGAGCGCUCUAGAGACGUGGUGGAUGAUGUCAGUGUGUCCCUCAGACUGUGGGACACCUUCGGAGACCACCACAAGGACAGGCGCUUUGCCUACGGCAGGUCUGAUGUGGUGGUUCUGUGCUUUUCCAUUGCCAACCCCAACUCCCUCUAUCACGUGAAAACCAUGUGGUACCUGGAAAUCAAACACUUCUGCCCGCGUACUCCUGUUAUUCUGGUUGGGUGUCAACUUGACCUACGCUAUGCAGACUUGGAGGCUGUCAACCGGGCUAGACGGCCAUUAGCAAGGCCUAUAAAACCAGGAGAUAUAUUGCCCCCCGAGAGAGGACGGGAAGUAGCCAAGGAGUUGGGGAUUCCAUACUAUGAGACAAGUGUCUUUGAUCAGUUCGGCAUUAAAGACAUCUUUGACAACGCUAUCCGAGCCGCUCUCAUCUCCAGACGCCACCUUCAGUUCUGGAAGUCCCAUCUACGGAGGGUUCAGAAGCCCCUUUUGCAGGCACCCUUCCUCCCACCAAAAGCACCUCCACCACUGAUCAAGAUCCCAGACUGUCCCCGCAACCACCAGGAUGGCCCCAGGAAACUGCUGGAGAACCCUCUCUGUGCUGAUGUUAUGUUCAUUGUUCAAGAACACUUCAAUGUGUUUGCCCACAAGAUCUACCUAUCUACCUCAUCCUCCAAGUUCUAUGACCUGUUUCAGAUGGACAUCUCUGAAGAGUCCCAGCGCAUGGUGGUGACAGAGCGUCAUAGGCGAGAGCACCUGAUGCGAACCCUCAGCCUGGACACAGAAGAAGCCAUGGCUGUGCUGUCUAACCUCUCACCUAGUUCCUUACGGGCUUCCAAGAGUGAUGGGACUCUGAAGGUGAUGAGCUUUAAUGCCAGGCACCACCACAAUAAGCUGUCCUUGGCAUUUUGGUGCAAGGCUUUCCAAAGUAUCCACAAAGAAGCUGUGGUUAAUCCAGUAACGGGAACAGCAGCUGUCAUGACUGUGGUGAAGAUGGACAACUCCUUCCAGCUGGCUCCAUUCAAAGCAGUGCUGCGGUUCCUCUACACAGGAGAACUAAACGAAAAGGAGAUGGACUUGAUGAAGAUUGCUCAGAUUGCUGAGAUCCUAGAGGUUUUUGACCUAAGAAUGAUGGUUGAGAAUAUCAUGAACAAAGAAGGCUUUAUGAAUAAGGAAAUCACAAAAGCGUUUCAUGUGAGAAAAGCCAACAGGAUUAAGGAGUGUCUUGUCAAGAGCAGCUUCACAGAUGUGGUGUUUAGGUUGGAUGACGGCACCAUCGAUGCCCAUAAGCCGUUGCUGAUCUCCAGUUGUGAUUGGAUGGCUGCUCUGUUUGGAGGCUCAUUCAUAGAGAGCGCAAAUAAUGAGGUCUCUAUUCCUAACACCAGCAGGGUGUGUAUGCAGGCAGUGCUGGAGUAUCUCUACACCAAUCAGCUGUCACCCAUGGCUGAUUUGGACCCAAUGGAAUUAAUUGCUCUGGCAAAUAGACUGUGCCUUCCCCGCCUCAUCGCCCUGACAGAGCAAUAUGCUGUGAGUGAGCUGGUAAGAGCUUCUAGAGAUGCCCAAGACAUCGACGGCGAGGUUCUCAACUACCUGGAGCUUGCUCAGUUCCAUAAUGCCAACCAACUAACUGCUUGGUGCUUGCAUCACAUAUGCACUCAUUAUAAUAACAUCUGUGCCAAUUAUCGCAAAGAGAUCAAGUCCAAAUCGCUAGAAAACCAAGAGUACUUUGAGAAGCAUCGCUGGCCUCCAGUGUGGUACCUGAAGGAGGAAGAUCAUUAUCAGAGGGUGAGGAAGGAGAGGGAGAAGGAAGACGUGGUCCUGAACAAGCACCUGUCUCGCCGUCGCUGGUGUUUCUGGAGCACAUCUCCUGCAGUGGCCUGAGAGAGGGGAACUGGAGGACAGAGGGGUGGGGGGAGUGUGAAAGUGAGAGAGAGAGAGUGAGAGAGAGAGUGAGAGAGAGAGUGAAAGUGAGAGAGAGAGAGAGAGAGAGAGAGAGAGUGCACUUCCAUUCCUGCUAACUGCUAGCCAUUUUCUGUCUUAACCUACAGACGAUCAAUCAUCAAUCUGGAAAUGCACUGAAAUCAUUUCUGGGGGUUUACGCUACACCCAGUGAGUGGAGCAGACGUCCAAACGGUUUAAAGCACAAUCUACAACCCGCAGAAUUCCCAGAAUACACGCCACCAAAAUGUCAGAAUUCUCAGACUAAGAAAAAAUAUUGUAUUCUCUGGUUCUAGAAUUUAAAAAAAAAAAACUACACCUAGACGUAACUGCUUUAUUCUGACAUUCCAUUACUUUCCGUUUCCUUCUAGUUCCAGGUAAUAAAGGAUUUCUGCAGCUUCACCGUUCAGCUCAUUAAAUGUUAGCUGGCUAAAUUGUUAGCAAAUUUAGCAAAUGCUGCUAACAAACACAAAAAGUUAGGACUGAUUUUAAUAGUGAUUUUUAUUCUGAAUUGCUCUAUUAUUCUAAAAUAAAAUCAAUCAUCUUUCCAUCCUGAUAAACUACCUUCAGUAAAAUGGCGUUUACGACUGAAACGCGCAGCAUGUAGCCGGAUCCGUGUGCGUUGUACGCUAAACAGCAGCUUCCUUUGACACCAGCCCUAAUACGAAACAUCAGGUAAAUCAAUGCAGUCACUAUCCGCUGUACGAUACGAAGGUCUGAUGAAAUGUACCAUUUACUUUUGUAGUGCCGGGGAAUUCCUCAGCCUAGCUAGUCCUGUAAUUCUGUGUAAACAUUUAUGGUCGAAUAAAACGUUAACUCUUUAUUAUUAGAAGGGCUUAGCACUACGGCAUAGUUCAGGGCUUACUUCGAACCAAGAAGCAAAACAAUCACUAGCCACCGAUCACAUGUACCGUCUUCACCGUGAUUGUGCUUGGUGUUACAUUUAGACUUCCUGUAGUGGAUUUACACUUUAUACUUUACACAUCCAAGAGAGUUAUAGUCAUUUAAAGGGUUAAGAAAUUCAAGGUGAAUGUAAUCGAGCAAUAAGCUGAAAGUGCAGGCUUUUGCUUUCAUGUGAUUGUGUGUGUUGAUCAGGAGGAUCGUGUGUGUGUGUGUGUGUGUGUGUGUGUGUGAUUAUACAGUACAUCAUCACGAUAUCCCUGAUCCAGCCAGGUCACACUGACACUGAGGGGAAUCUUAAUACUUGAAAAAUAACCUGCUUCAGUCUUUAGCCAUGUAGGCUUGUCUUCACGUAGCUGAUGCUCACUCGUCAUCAUUUUCUUCUUUUCUGCUGCUGCAAACCAAGUGGCUGGUUCAUUUGGUACUCGGCCUUUGAUUUCUCUGGUCAUCACCCUCAAUGCUGGCAAUUUAUUGAUGUAUUUAUUUAUUUUCUAAACCAAAUAUUGUUUGGUGAAUUACAAUAAACGAUUGAUUUACCUACACCGAGUGUUUUGUGGUGUUUCUCUGACUCUAUCAUUCCACCGGCGCAGAGAUCGGUCAGACCAGCAGCUCUGACAGGAUUAUUGUUUCUAUGGUAACAGCUCAUUCGCAGGACUUGGGCAGAAUCUAAGCAAAUAUUGCCAAAAGUUUUGGGACACCCCUCCAGAUCAUUGAGUUCAGGUAUUUUUCAGGGGUUGGACUCGGCCCCUUAGUUCCAGUGAAAGGAACUCUUUAUGCUUCAGCUUCAUACCAAGACAUUUUGGACAAUUUCAUGCUCUUUGUGGGAACAGUUUGGGGAUGACCCCUUCCUGUUCCAACAUGACUGCACACCAGUGACCAAAGCAAGGUCCAUAAAGACAUGGAUGAGUGAGUUUGGUGUGGAGGAACUUGACUGUCCUGCACAAAGUCCUGACCUCAACCCCAUAGAACACCUUUGGGAUGGAUUAGUGAAAUCAGUGAGUUGGAGGGGUGUCCCAAAACUUCUGAUACUGUAGCUAUAAGCGGACAGCAAAUUGCUGCAGUAUAAGAGGAAUAAAACGCAA